GAGAAUCAAAUGAUUUAUUGCUUAGAAACUUAAAUUCAACAUACAAAUUGUUUAUUCCAUGCUAUAUCCGGCUACCAGGUAAUGUACAUACAAAAGAGUUCAAAAGAGUUCACACACAAAAGAGGUUAGUUAUAUGCUCAGCGCAAAGGUUUACUUCUGCUGUUAGCGAAGGGCUCUUUCCACCUUCCAAUUUGUUUUACGCCUGCAUUCAUAUCGCUCAGCGGAUUACUUCCCACCCGAGAAAACCCCUUGGAGCAUCUGCGGAGGAGAGAGCGCGAAAGAUGACGAUCACCUUUAGUUUAGUUUGUUGUAAUUUACUAUCAUUUUUACCGUAUUAUAAAUAUAUUUACACAAUAUCAAUCCUUCAGGCAAGGAAGCCCAGGGAAACAAAGAAGGCUUGUGUGAGGGACUCGAGGACUACUUAGACUUAACAAUAAUAAAAAUGCUUUCCUCUGCAGAACAAUGAACACAAAAUGAUCAUAAUUUAGGAUAAAACUGAUUUCCUGGUCAUUUUCAUGUCAGAAAAUAAUUCUUCCUUCUUUUAAUUGCAGCUUUUCAAACUGUUCCCUCCCUCAAUGUGACCGCAAAUAAGCUCAUGACCAACUUUCUGGGCUAUGAUCUGCAGACAGCUGGUAUUACCAAACGACAAACGUUCAUUGUUGAUACCGUAAUAGUUUUGGAUGGGUCUGGGUCGGUUCCUCCUUGCGACUUCUCGAAAGCAAAAGAAGCGCUUAAACACUUAAUGGAUACACUGAACAAGCCCGGGUACGACUCAAAGUACGCGGCGGUUACCUUUGAAACCACAGCAACCGUCAACUUCAAGUUUUUACCAUACUCAUCAGCAGCGAGCGAAAUAACGAAGAUAUCGUAACCAGGAGGCUCCACUAACACCCAAGCCGGACUGGCAGAAGCAAAGAAACUGUUUGAUGACCUUAACUCAGGUCGCCGUCCCUUACCAAAUAGAAAAAGAGUCUUCCUUGUCACUGAUGGCAGAUCAAACGUCCGUCCAGACUUGACCAUACCGAAUGCCAAAGCACUGAAAGCGAGUGGUGUGAAAAUCUUUGUGGUUGCUGUUGGAAAUGCUAUUUCCGGAAUAGACGAGAUGGUGAAGGUUGCCUCCAAUCCCUUAACAGAUCUGUUGAGAUUAGAUAAUUAUCAGCAAUUAUGGCGUCUUAUCCAGUUGGCUGUGAAAAUGGUUUCUCCGGGUAAAAACAACCUUGUCGACUACGAACCUUCUUGCAGCUAGAGCAAAAGUACCUCGAGUUUAUAACAGUUCAGAGAUCUGAACAUUUUUGUUUUAUUUGCUGGGCUUAGAAGGUGAGAACAAUAGGAGCUGCACCUUAAGUUUAUAGUCUGUGUAGAAACUUAUCAGUGGAUUGUAGCUGCAUGCAAACACUUUUAGGUUGAGCACGGUAGUCUAUCGUUUUGCUUAAUACUGAUCAAGGCUCCAUAUGGAUAUUAGUUCCGUAUGGUAUUUUGUAAACCACAGGGGUAGGAACUUUUAGGCAAAUGGAUUUUAAAAUAACAUUUGAAAGUUUCAAUACAUCGAUCGAUUAAUCUUCUUUUUGUUUGUUUAAUAAAAUAGCAUUACAAUCACGUCAAAUAUGAUGAUAUUUUUGAGUCCACUGUUUGGUUGAUAAAUCUGGUAAUAAUCAACGUUAUUUAAUGUCAGAAUGGCUGUGAGCCGCUGAACUCGGAUAAUGAUUUAUGAAAGGCUGAGAAUGGAGUUUUUGCACCGCUAUUCCAGCUCCAAGGGUAUUUCACAAUUUGAGGUUUAUGAAUUAAAAAGAGUAGGAAAUCUGACAUCUACGUAUUUAAAAGUGCCUUUAAUUGUAAUACUUUGAACAGACGCACCUUAAAUAACUCUACUGGUAAUGCUUGCCUCGUGUUCUCAAAUGCCCGUCGUGGUUUAUCACAGUGUAAUACACGGCUUAGGCUUCAUUUGUUAAUAUAUUGUCUCCUUCUCCUGCUUUGCCUUUUGAAGCCUCUGUAAAAAUAGUCUGCUUCGUAUCGGCCUGUAACGGUCACCUCCUCGACUAGACACUUGCUUUGUGCCGAUCGUACAGGUUAGCUGAGUAGCCAUCGCCUUCCUUGUUCCUAUCCCCGUCUCUUGGAUCUUCUCGAAUGAGGUCUUCUCCGAGGCCUUUCGCCCUUAUUAGUUGACUUCUCUUGUCGCUUCGUCUUGUCUUUGUUUCAUUGUCCUUGCUGUUGCCAAUUUAAAAUGCCUUAUACCCUACUUCCAGCUGCACGUUGUCUCGAGCAUCAGCAUGAGCUGCAUGAGGAACAUGUUCAUACGGUCUCUUUUCACCCAGUUGGCAUGAAUGAGUUUCCAGUUGACCAUUUUUCGAAGUACUUAGUCUUAAAUAUAUAAUCUUUAAUUCAUCAUCUUUAAUUGGUAUACUUCUAAACAGUAAAUUCUAUACUACCAGUUUAAAAAUAAAUAACUCAAAAAGUAAGAUGUUAUAAGUAACGGUACAAAUGGUCGAAAUAUAUGGUUUCUUCUUUUGUGCCACCAUUCGACCGACCUGGGAAAAUAUUUUCGAUCGUUGUCCUCUUCAAGGAAAUUCUCUUUUUGUCCUUGGCCUUGUUGUAUGAAACCGGGCCUUCAGCAUCUAAAAGACGAUUGCACAGUUCUUCAAGACGUCUUUAGCUUCUGUCUUCUUUUCUUAACUUUCGAGACCGCCGGUUCCGGCCAUCUGUCAGGUGAAAUGAAAUUCGCAAGUCUUGACUCCAAAAAUUGACUGUCGCAAACCCUCCAGAUUUGACCCCGCCAUUUCGGUAACCCACCCACGAGGAUUAAAGAAAUACUUCUCAUUUUCAUUUUCUUUCCUUAGAACUUCGUUAAAGUUGUUCGAAAAAGGCUCGAUGGGCAGAGCAAGAGUCUUCAUUUUCACAUUCCAUUGUGGCGAAAGGUAUACGUCUUCCGAGUAGAGGAUGAUAGCCUAGCAGCCAGUGAAACCAAACCUUUGCACAUUUUUACCUUCUCGUCGACAAAACCAAAUUCUUGACUCAAGACAUGGUCUUCAGUUCUGUCCAUGCUAGGUGCGAAUUUUACUUUAAACUUACUCGUCUUAAAAACAAAUGACGGCUUAUCAGGAUUACCACGCCGGUCAUUUAAUUUAUAACAUAACAUGGGUCACGAGGGUCGGCCAGAGCAACAGGUGUUUCAAAAAUAUUAUUGAAGAUAGGUCUACCAAUUAUCAUCCUUUAUUGGUCUAUUAAAACGUUUAUUUCAGGUUAUCUGCUUAUGAUUAUUUUUUGCGUGAUCCGUGCCGCUUACCCUCGACCCGCGCGGCUUUAC